AUGACUCGAUAUAAAGACAUUCUUCCAGAUCUUUCUGAUGAGGUUUUCCCUAACUUAGAUCCUAGGCACGAUCUUUUACAAAAAAGAGUAUCUGCAUAUCCUUUUGAUUCAGAAAUUAUUAACGCUAAAGACGCGGCAUUAAUAGCGAGUUGGAUUGAUAACAAACAAGAAACGCCUUAUCGUUUUAAGGAUAUACCUUUUAAAUUCGAUCUUAUUUAUCGUGCAAGCCAAGAAAAUUUUAGUAUUAGUAAGUUUCAUGAGAAAUGCGAUAAUAAGGGACCAACUGUGGUUAUAAUUAAAGUCCUAAAUUCAGAGGAAAUAAUUGGCGGAUAUAAUCCGUUGGAUUGGCGUAGUAACGUAGAAUUAACAAACGAUAGAAAUAGAUUACUAUCUAAUGUUUAUAAUAAUGAUUAUGG